AUGGCUACCGUUAACAUUCGCCGGGAUGUCACCGAUCCCUUCUACCGCUACAAGAUGGAGAAGCUCCAGGCCAAGGUCGAGGGCAAAGGUAAUGGCAUCAAGACCGUUGUCGUCAACCUGAACUCGGUUGCUCAGUCUCUCAGCCGUCCUCCUGCGUAUCUCAUCAAGUACUUCGGCUUUGAACUGGGUGCCCAGGCUAAUGCUAAGCCCUCCGACGACCGUUGGAUCAUCAACGGUUCUCACGACGCACCUAAGCUCCAGGAUUACCUCGAUGGAUUCAUCGCUAAGUUCGUGCUUUGCAAGAAGUGCAAGAACCCCGAAACCGAUGUCUCCAUCAAGGAUGAGAAGAUCACCCUGGACUGCAAGGCCUGUGGUCAGCGCUCCGAUGUUGACCCUCGCCUCAAACUGAGCACCUUCAUUGUCCGCAACCAGCCCAAGGGUGGCAAGAAGGAGAAGAAGAAGUCCCGCCGUGAGCGAGAGAAGGAGAGAGCUGCCAACGGCGAGGAUGCCAGCCCCGGUGACAGCAACAACUCCGAGAAUGGCGAGGAUGGCGAUGAACUCAUCGAGGCGCACAGCGACGACGAGGUGACCCGCCAGGCCCAGGCCAUCGAGGCUGAGGCUGAGAUCAAGGAUGAUGAAUGGGCUGUCGACGUUUCCGAGGAAGCUGUGAAGGCCCGCGCCAAGGAACUCCCCGAUGAUCUCAAGCGUGCCCUUGUCAUUGAGGAUGAGGAUGAGGGUGCCGAUGGUCCCUCGUCCUACGAACAGCUGGGAAGCUGGAUCGUGGAUACUGCUGCUGAGAAGGGCGGUGUUACCAAUGUGACUGACGUUGAGAUCUAUCUGAAGGCCAAGGAGUUCGGCAUCGACAGCAAGCACAAGACCGUUGCUGUGCUGGCCCAGAGCAUUUUCGAUGAGGGAAUCGCCAAACAGAUCGAAGCCCGCGCUGGUUUGCUCAAGAAGCUGAUCACCUCCGAGCGUCACGAGAAGGCUUUCCUUGGCGGUACCGAGCGUUUCGUUGGUCAGGACCACCCGGCUCUCAUCGCUCAGGUCCCUGCAAUCUUGCUGGGCUAUUACCAGAACGAUAUCGUGUCUGAGGAGACCCUCAAGGCAUGGGGUGCUAAGACCAGCAAGAAAUACGUCGACAUCUCGACCAGCAAGAAGAUCCACAAGGCUGCGAAGCCCUUCAUUGAGUGGCUUGAGACAGCCGAGAGCGAUGAAGAAGAGAGUGGCGAGGAGAGCGAGUAA